AGCAGCAAGGUCCCACAUCCUGGUACUUUUCACCGUUGUCAAGGCAGCGAUAGAGAGAAAGGCUGGCUCGCGGAAAGUAUCUGCAGUGUCCUGACAGUAUAUCUGUCCAAACGUUAACAAACUGUCCCGGAAAGUUAGGUGUAACUACCAGGACUUUACCAUCUGGCGUCUGUUAAUGUCCAGAUGUGGCGGGUGACCACCCGAGAUGGGAGAUGGACAUAACAAGACCUAUAGGAUGCUACUCAAUAGCUAAAGGCUGACGAUAUCCAUAUCUGGAGGACAUUGGACGAUAAAUAGUAGGAUGAGUGAGGAUUCCGUUGCCAGCACAGUUUGGUGAAGAGUAGGAACGGUGACCAAGCAGCAACACGACCAUCAUGCCAACCACCCAGGGAACGGGAGGGGCUGGCAGCCCACGGGUUCAGCGCUACCGUCCGGCCUCGGAGUUUGACAACGCCACCCUCGCCCAGAAGAGAGAGUACUGGAGGACUAAGAAACGAGAGCAGAGGGCUAAGUUGUCAGAGGUCAAGAAGGAGAGGUCAAAAGCAACAAACAGAGGAAGUAAAUCCUUGGACAGUAAUGCAGUCCAUAAAACCAUAACCUCAAUGGGGUUGAAUUCUGGUGCCUCUUGUUCAAUAGCAGGGUCUGCCCCCCCUUUGUUGAAUAGUGAUGGUUCCUACCAAACUUAUGUCGGCGGUGCACCUGUAGUCUUAUUGAAGGGAAAGGGCUCUGCUGUCUCCUAUAAUCAGAACCAUAGUGUUGAGGAAGGGGGCCCAAACUAUUCCUCAGCAAACCAAAAGGAGAGUUGGUUCCAGAGGAUAAAACUCAACAAAGUCUUGCCUCAGUUCCCAAUGUCCAGUGCAGGCCCAGGAAAAGGUGCAAUGGUCUGCAAGAUGGCAGUGAACAGUUAUCCAACAGGGAGCGCCGUGAUUGGAACAGUUACCUCAGCCAAACCCAAUGGAGUGCUUCUCAACAGUGGCUCCUUUGUGCCUCCGGUAAGAGUGGCGGUGAGAGCCUCAGGCUCUGCACCUCGCCAACCACAGAGCGGAAUGACUAUUCUCAAUGGCAGCUCUCCUGUAGUGUCAUCUGAGCAGCAUCUGACCACCCAGAGUGUAUCAAGGCCCGAUGCAAUGACAAAGACGCAAGUUACAGUGUCUGUUCAGCCUAGAUCGCUAACCACUAACAUUACCACAGGGAUGGCCAUCGUGACCACUCAAUCUGCCCCUAUGCUCGCUCACAAACCAGGGGUUAGGCCUAGAGGGAUGAAAGUAACACCGCUAGGCGGGAAAAAGAGUGCAGUGGUCACGGCCCAAGAAGUUAGAAGCAUCAACGACACAUCAGCUACACCGGAGACUGAGGAGGAGCGAGCCGCCAAGCGCAGAGAGAAUUGGCGCAUCAAGAAAAGAGAACAGCGAGCGAAGCAAGCGGCUAGGUUAAGCAAGGCCAGCAAAAGAAUCACUAACAUGGAGGUAUCGUUGCAGAAAGUAGAACUGUUACCAAACGUGGACGUUGAACGUCCCCAGUCCGCUUUGAGUGGACAGGGCCAGAGGCAGUGUGUUAGUAGGGUCAGUGCCCCAUUCAUCUCAGCCGGACGGCUGCUGAAGAACGCCAGAGCAGUGGCUAGCUUUGCUGUCAAAAGGGAGUCUGACGAUUCAAUCCUGGCUAAGCUAACCACAGUCGACGCUAAUGAACAGACCGUUCAGCUAAGAGCAGAGAAUCUGCAGGAGGCUAAAGCAACAAUGCAGACUGGUAUCACAUCUAAUAUAAUUGGUUAUAAACCAGCAGGGGAACCAAGCAGAAGGCUACCUGGUCCAGUGCAGUUUGCCAACGUUAACCGAGUUAUGGUCCGUUGUAGGACUCCGAGACAGAGGUUCAUUGAAACCCAAAGGAAUUUCCUGGGUCAGAGAAAGAUGAGGAAGUCCCCCUGUCAUGCCAAAGCCUUAACAAUCUACAACGCACCACGAGAUGACUCAAAGGAGACCCCCGAGCAGAGGGCGGCCCAGAUGCGGGAAUACUGGCGCGUCAAGAAGCGGGAGCAGCGAGCCAAGCUUUCUGGCGAAGUCCGAGCUAAGAUGAAGGAGAGGGAUGCUCUGAUGCAAAGAGUCAAGCGUUACCAGAGCAUCCUGGAGGAUAUGAGGAAGGACAGAGCAGCGGGCUGCAACACGCUGCCACAACCAACAGAAAAUAGGCCUACUCACACCAGCGCCUCAGAGAUCAUUGGAGGUUUCAUCAUGGAGGAUGGCACAGUGACCAAUAAUAUUCCUCAAAUUGAUCUCACUACAGAAGAAAAAGAGAUUGGGGGUGAAAUUGGUAGCAGUAGUGGGAUGCCUGUUAAUAAUUUAUUUACCAACACACACCGCCAACACCAACUGCUUCCCAAACCUACUGGUGAUGCCUUUAGUAAUGUGGUGUUAAAUCAUCAAACACAGGACAACCCACCACCUCCUCUAAUCCGUUCUGCUCCGUUUCAAGUCUCUUGUCCUCCCGUCGGCCUGUCGAUCAUGAAUCCUCCCAGGUUGGUUUCAAUCAGACCGAGGACUGAAUAUCGCAGCACACCGAAAAACCUCUUGAAUUUACACACAGUCUUCCAGCCCCAGAGUCAUAUCACCCUCACACACCCUCAAAACAUCCAAAACACCUUUCCUGGUGUGCCUACAGCAAUGCCAAAGCCGGCUAGCUGUGUCAUGCAGAUGGCUGUCAAAGCUUCUACAGCAUCAGCAGUGCUUAACUUGGACCCAAAGCUAACAGAGGAGGAAAGUAUGGCUAAGAAGAGGGAGUACUGGAGGGUAAAGAAACGAGAGCAGAGGGCAGCCCGCGCCAUCCGCCUAAGGCAAGGAGUUCAAGCUCGGGGAAAUGCUGCCUCACAGAAGAGGCGGAACCAAAGGUUAGCGCGAUUAGCCAAUCCCAAUGUCAACACCUCUGUCAGCCACACACACACUAUCAAGCCUCUCUCAAACACCAGUCUGCCCAUGCCUCCACCGGGAAACCAAAUAAAAAAAGAAAGAGAAUCAAUCUCAACACAUGCUCCAUGUCCUCCACUGGAACAACCCCUCUGUGUUGAUAUCAAACUGUCCCCGUCUCCACCACAUCCAGAGCCACCAGACCUAGCCUUGAGUGCUGACAGCCAGGCCACCACUCUCCUGGCAGUGGCCUCUAUGAAGAAGCUUCUGGAGGAAUCUCUCAGCACUGUGGCUGACUGUAAAACGGAACAGCCUGACUGUAUUACAGAACAGCUGCCUUGUAAAAGUGAACCCCAGGCUUGUUCCUCCAAGGAGAAUGCCGUCCAGAUUGAGGUCAAGCCAAAUCUACCUCUGCUCACCCUGGGAGACGAGGAGAAAGCCUCCAUAUCUGGUGACCUAUUGUUGGAGGUCAAAGGGUGGCAGGUGGAUGCUGACGCCCCGCCACCAUGUCAGGUGACCAUUCGUGCACUGAGUCCUCAUCCUAAGGACUCUCCCCUAUCCAGUCCUUGUGCUAACACCCUCUCUUUCUCAGCUUCCCCUCUCAAUCGGUCCGAACCCCCCUCUCACACACCCACACAACCUUGCUCCCACAAGGCAGCUUCCGGAGAACCACCCCUCCCUGUCCCUCGUAGAGCCCAGAGGUUGCGUGCCAAAAAAGCAGGCCACCACCACUGCUGCUCCCCAGAACCUCCAAAGCUACAUCACCAGCCACCACAACAACAACCACCUUGCCAACUUCAAAAUCAACACCAGCGUCAACAACAUCAAAAACACCCCCAACAACAGCAGCAGCGUCAGCAACAUCACCACGCCCCGGCGGUGACAGACCAGAAUGUGACUCUGCAGAAGAAGAGGGAGUACUGGAGGAUGAUGAAGAGGCAGCAGAGAGCCAGGAAGGCUCGGCAGGGAGGAGGGGGGCUGAGGCAGGGGGACUACAGCAGACGACUAGCCCUCAAAGCAGCACAGGCUCCGAAUCUCCAUAUUGUCAAGACUCCGACACAGAGGCCAGUGCAGAGAGGCGGGAGCUUCAGUCUACAAGCCGCACCAUUGCUCAAACCCCAGCCCUCCCCCCUUCUCCAGCCUAUAUCUCCCCCUGACUCUGGACCUCAGGCAAGCCUCAGCAUGGUCACCAACAUCCCUACACUUCUGGUUGUGAGCCCCAGCACCUCCAACAUGGGACAGCCAUCUGAUACACUACAGCUCAGACCUCCGGUCAACUGUACCAGUAUUUCCAAUUCAUCCAUUGGCCACACAGGGUCCCCCCAGACAUCUCACAGCUUCAGUACCGCAUUUCUCCCUGUAGGAGGCGGUGUCACUGUCCCUCCAUUGGGUGAGGGGAAGAAAGGUGGGCUGCUAUUGGUGGAGAGCCAACAGGAAGCGGCCCCGGGGUCCAGCCCUGAUUCGCCACGUGUUAGAAAAUGGCGAUUGCAAGUGCAGGAAAUCUCAGACGCAGACGCCUCACCCAUCGCUACUCUCACACCUCCGCCCAACCCUCUGACUAGCAUCAAGCUCUUACCAAUUCAUCCUCCCAGGCAAACGUCCACGUUCACACCAACACAGACUCCUUUCAAAUGUCAAGGUGCUCAGAUUCCUCAAAGUGGGAAUUUACUAAAUGUAGGAUUGCCUACAAUGCAGGGGCUCACCAGAAGCCCCAUCUACAUAAGCUCCAUGGGUCCGCCCAAGCCAGUGCCGGGGGAGUCUGAAGAGGAGACUCUGAGGAAGAAGAGGGAGUACUGGAGAGUGAAGAAGAAGGAACAGAGAGCUAGGAAGGCCAUGAGGGACAGGGAGCUGACUGAGAAGAGGGCUUCGGUCAACUGGAGGCCCAUCCUCCCCAGCAGUCAGCCUCAACACCUGCUGCAGGGGCUGGAUACACAGUUAAUUUCCAUUAGGGCUGACCGUCAUUUUUCUCAACCAAAGGAACAGGGUCCUGAGCAGUGGGUCAACACCUCGGAGGGCUCUGAACUACAUCUAAGUACUUCCACAGAGACAGACAUGGGCUACUUUCCUGACCAAAGCCAUCCGGAACCUACAGAAGAGGAAUCAGAGCUCAUUUUCCCAGACGGUGAUCAUAACGACAACUACAACGGCCCCAUCUCAGAUGCUGUAUGGAGGAACUGCUACCUCAUGGACUACGACCCCCUGAACCAGCUGCUGGUGUGCAUGGUGUGCGGGGAGCUCCAGUACUCCCACAGCCUGGAGGGGGUGAGGGCCCACAUCGAGGAGGCCCACCCGGACACCCUGAGCCUGGUGCCCCCGGAGCGCCGGCACAUCCUGGAGGCCUGGGACGAACAGGUGUCCAGGAGAGAACUUUUCUUUACCAGCCAGCUGCAGCAGCACAGCGGUGGGAUGGGAGGGGACAGUGCCAACCUCCCAGCAGAAGUAGAAGUAAUGGUUGAUACAGAGGACUCGUCAUACCUGAAGAACAGCAAGAGCUCCAAAACCACCAACAGACUCUGAGAGCUAAGAAGAAGCACAAAUCACUAAAUGCCAGACAGCGAAAAACAACAUUGUUCAGAAGUAGAGGAGGAAAAGAAAAACGUUACUGCUGGUUUCUUUUAAUGUCUGUUUAUUUAUUUUUAGAGCAGUUCACCUCUACAAAAGUUCAACUAAACUUGAACUGCAUACAUAGGUGACAUUGAACCACAAGAGACGAGCUUUACCUCAUUAACUUUGGGAUACACACACACACUCGCUGUUUUUGAAAGCGCAGUUUUGUAGCGAUUGUCAUUCUCUACUACUAAAACCAAGUCUCCUAUGCCCGAAGCAAACAGUUAAUAUUCAUGUCGUCACUGGGUUCAAUAACGUCAUUGCGCUUUAUGAAACACACUUAAGCAGACAGGAGGGCUCUCCUCGUCAACUGAAUGGGUUAACAUCCCUGUUUUAAUGCAUCCAUGACGAACAGGUCAGUUAUGUUCUUCAAUCUGAAUGAAUGACAUGUCCUUGGUCUAACUCAAUGUAUCAGAUAUGAUAUGAUGCAGGUUUAAGGGCAAAUCGCAGCCGUGUAAAUUUGACUUGAGACCAUGCGUCAUUUGAAAUUGUCUACGGGUGAUCAGCUGUUUGAUAUUCGUCUGUACAUACAGUACCAGUCAAAGGUUUGGACACACCUACUCAUUCCAGGGUUUUUCUUUGUUUGUACUAUUUUCUACAUUGUAUAAUAAUAGUGAAGGCAUCAAAACUAUGAAAUAACACAUUUGGAAUCAUGUAGUAAAUAUAAAAAGGGUUUAACAAAUCAAAAUAGAUGUUCUAUUUUUAGAUUCUUCAAAGUAGCCAACUUUUGCCUUUGCACACUGUUGGCAUUCUCUCAACCAGCUUCAUGAGCACUUGUUGGCUGCUUUUCCUUCACUCUGUGGUCCAACUCAUCCCAAACCAUCUCAGUUGGGUUGAGGUUGGGUGAUUGUGGAGGCCAGGUCAUCUGAUGCAGCACUCUCCUUCUUGGUCAAAUAGCCCUUACAUAGCCUGGUGGUGUGUUGGGUCAUUGUCCUGUUGAAAAAUAAAUGAUAGUCCCACUAAGCGCAAACCAGAUGGGAUGGCGUAUCGUUGCAGAAUGCUGUGGUAACCAUGCUGGUUAAGUGUGCCUUGAAUUCUAAAUAAAUCACAGACAGUGUCACCAGCAAAGCACCAUCACACCUCCAUGCUUCACGGUGGGAACCACACACUCGGAGAUCAUCUGUUACACUACUCUGCGUCUCACAAAAACACAGCAGUUGGAACCAAAAAUCUCAAAAUUAGACUCAACAGACCAAACGACAGAUUAUCACCGGUGUAAUGUCCAUUGCUCGUGUUUCUUGGCCCAAGCAAGUCUCUUUUUAUUGGUGUCCUUUAGUAGUGGUUUCUUUGCAGCAAUUCGACCACGAAGGCCUGAUUCAUGCAGUCUCCUCUGAACAGUUGAUGUUGAGAUGUGUCUGUUACUUGAACUCUGUGAAGCAUUUAUUUGGGCUGCCAUUUCUGGGGCUAGUAACUCUAAUGAACUUAUCCUCUGCAGCAGUGGUAACUCUGGGUCUUCCUUUCCUGUGGCGGUCCUCAUGAGAGGCAGUUUCAUCAUAGCGCUUGAUGGUUUUUGCGACUGCACUUGAAGAAACUUUCAAACUUCUUGAAAUGUUCCAAAUUGACUGACCUUCAUGUCUUAAAGUAAUGAUGGCUGUUCUUGCCAUAAUUUGGACAUGGUCUUUUACCAAAUAGGUCUAUCUUCUGUAUACCACCCCUACCUUGUCACAACACAACUGAUUGGCUCAAAUGCAUUAAGGAAAGAAAUUCCACAAAUUAACUUUUAACAAGGCACACCUGUUAAUUGAAAUCCAUUCCAGGUGACUACCUCAUGAAACUGGUGGAGAGAAUGCCAACAGUGUGCAAAGCUGUCAUCAAUAUAAAAUCUAUUUUGAUUUGUUUAACACCUUUUGGUUACUACAUGAUUCCAUAUAUGUUUUUUCAUAGUUUUGACGUAUUCACUAUUGUUCUACAAUGUAGAAAAUAGUAAAAAAUAAAGAAAAACCCUGGAAUGAGUAGGCGUAUCCAAACUUUUGACAUUUUAUAAUUUCAUUUUAUAUUUUUUCACAAUUCCUAUCAGUUUUGUUAUUCAGAUCCAAGGGAUGUCCUUGCAUGGGGUUAUUUUAAAUAUGCCGUAAAAAGUAGAUUUUUUUCCCGGUCCCACUUUAAAACGGAGAGCAACUUAUAAAGCAGGGUCCUCCAACUGGCGUCACGCCAGUUUGGUUUUAUUUGCCCCCCCCCAAGUUCUCUGAGCCAAAAAAUAAGACUGUAAACACCAGCAAAUCAGCUCUGAGAUUUUAAUUUUGGAGAUCUGUUCCAAAGUUAUCCCAAGCAGAAGAGAGAUGCGAUCGUAUACAAAUGAGAACAAGGUUCAAGUCAUCUGUAAACGUAAGUGAUACUCUAUGAAUGGUGUACAAACAGUGCAUGUCGUCACAUUUGGCAAUUUUACCCUACAGUGGGAAUUGUCACCUUUUGGAGAGUAUGACAUACGCGUAUUGAUGAUUUGUGAAGCAUUGAUUUAGUGCUUGUGAAGCCUUUGUGUAUGCUAUACAGGUUGCACUUCGUUCAAAGUGGGACCGAUUUUUCUAGAUAUUAAUGCAACAUACUUUACAACACUGAAUCUUCAAAAUACUUGUGACUUUUUAAAAAAAAAACUGUUUUCGUAUAACGUUUUUCUGAAAUGUAAAAGAAUUCUUCCUUUAAAGAACAUUUACGUUUUUGUAAUGGUGAUUUGACACAUGUAUGCCCGCACUGUAAAUACAACGUUUAUGUUUAAAGGGGUGGUUAAAUGUCAAUACCCUUAAUGUAUUAUUUGAUUUCCUAUGAAAAUAAACCUAACCCUUUAUGGUUAGUGGUACUCAUACUGCUUCUGAUUUAGUUAAUAUUUCCUUGUCUCUAUACAUACUGUGUACAUUUAACUCUUUCAAUGUAUUUAUUUGGUCUGAACAAUCAGUCAGUGACACAUGACUAUUUCAUUUGUAUUUAAUAUCUUUGAUUAAACGAUCAACAAAUCAGCAUUUUUCUCCCAGUCAAAAUUACGAUCCAAUGGCCUGCUGCUUGGAUGUGGAGUGUUGGACAUGUAUAUACGUAUAGGAAGUAUCAGAGAUCAUGUGGAAGAGAUUUUCAUUUGCGGUGUUUUUGGUUCACCAAUAUGCUGAAAAUAAAUGUCCAAGAGCACAGUCUGAAAUUGCAUUGAAAACAGAAAGUACUGUGAACUUUUUCUUGUACAGCUGUGACGAACUUUAAAAUGUACAGGGGACACUGACCUUGCUGUACUAUUUACCUGUUGAGAAUGUACCACUUUCAAUUGGUUCCUACCUUGUUUGUUUAAAAGGGAAUGUUCAAAUGCCAUUUUUUUUAAUAGGUACUAAUAAACCCUUUUGGUAACCUUUUUAAA